CUCCUGGCGCCAGUGCUAGGUGGCCCGGAGAGUGCGUCUCCGAGGGCUUCCCGGUCGCUGGGCCGGGACUUGGGGCGCAUGAGCCUCCUCCGGGGCGCGCCCUCAUGCCCUCGGGCCAUGGCGCGCCUGGGCGCCGUGCGCUCCCACUACUGCGCCCUGCUGCUGGCCGCGGCGCUGGCCGUCUGUGCCUUCUACUACCUGGGCUCGGGCCGGGAGACCUUCUCGAGCGCCACCAAGAGGCUGAAGGAGGCCCGCGCCGGGGUCCCCGCCGCGCCCUCGCCGCCCGCGCUGGAGCCCGCCAGGGGGUCUCUGGCGCCGCCUCCGGGGGCCAAGGCCAAGAGCCUGGAGAGCGGCGGGGCUGGCCCGGUGGAUUAUCACCUCCUGAUGAUGUUCACCAAGGCAGAGCACAACGCCGCGCUGCAGGCCAAGGCCCGCGUCGCGCUGCGCUCGCUGCUGCGCCUCGCCAAGUUCGAGGCGCACGAGGUGCUUAACCUGCACUUUGUGAGCGAGGAGGCCAGCCGCGAGGUGGCCAAAGCUCUGCUGCGGGAGCUCCUGCCGCCAGCCGCCGGCUUUAAGUGCAAGGUCAUCUUCCAUGAUGUGGCCGUGCUGACGGACAAGCUCUUCCCCAUUGUGGAGGCCAUGCAGAAGCACUUUAGUGCUGGCUCAGGCACCUACUACAGCGACUCUAUCUUCUUCCUCUCGGUCGCCAUGCAUCAGAUCAUGCCCAAAGAGAUCCUGCGGAUCAUUCAGCUGGACCUUGAUCUAAAGUAUAAGACCAACAUCCGGGAGUUGUUUGAGGAGUUUGACAAUUUUCUGCCGAAUGCUGUCAUUGGCAUAGCCAGAGAGAUGCAGCCAGUGUACAGACACACGUUCUGGCAGUUCCGCCACGAGAACCCCAAGACCAGAGUUGGGGACCCCCCACCUGAGGGGCUGCCUGGCUUCAACAGUGGGGUGAUGCUGCUGAACCUGGAGGCCAUGCGCCAGUCUCCCCUCUACAGCCGCCUGCUGGAGCCCUCCAGGGUGCAGCAGCUGGCUGAGAAGUACCACUUCCGCGGCCACCUUGGCGACCAGGACUUCUUCACCAUGAUCGGCAUGGAGCACCCGGAGCUCUUCUACGUGCUGGACUGCACCUGGAACCGCCAGCUCUGCACCUGGUGGAGGGACCACGGCUACAGCAAUGUCUUCGAAGCCUACUUCCGCUGUGAGGGCCACGUGAAGAUCUACCAUGGGAACUGCAACACCCCAAUCCCAGAGGACUAGGCAGUCCUCACCUGCCUUCCUAGGGAGGAGAGGCUGUCCAGAUAGACUGUGGGGCCAGGCCAACUCCUCCAGAGACUUCCAGGAUCCAAGGGACUUUGGGAUCCAAGCACUGCAGACCCUCCACCUGAUUGGUCACUGUCCUGGGGCCGUGGGCAGAAGACAGGCCUGCGCAUUGCUGCUGCUCAGGAACUUUCCUUUCAGGCCACCAGGCUUCCUGAAGGACAAAUACACAUACAUCUGCCAGUGGGCUCGGAAACACCUGUUGAAGAGAAGGCAUGAAAGACAAUGGUGCCCUUACCCUUAAGGAAUAAAAUCCUUUCAAAACGAGGUCUUCUUCUUUUAAAUUGCUAGGCUUCGGUUUUGUGAGGAAUAGCAAGCAGGACUGCUUCAGCUCUCCGUGAGCUCUUACUGAAGGAGCUGGGGUUUUAACAAGUAGCCUGCAGGGUAAGUGUCCAGGUGCAGACCUUCCUUCAGAGGCCUCAGCCCUAACAACACAGAACAAGGCCUUUCCCAGGAGGCUGUGCUCCACCUCUUGCAGUGAUUACAUUGCUUGGUGCAGGCUUCACAAUCACCCCCUCUUUGGGGAGAGCCUUUAGAGCCAACUGGGGCCCGCACAGCACUGUCUUUGUUUUAACACCCUCAGCUUUAGCUCCCAGUUAUAUCACAGAAACCAAUUUUCUCUUAUCCACCCAGGCCAACUCCAAGUUACCUGGCUGUGCUAAGAAAUCAAAUCCACCAGCAAAGGAGAGGGAGUGGCCACUCCAAGAACAUGCAGUCCAUCCUCUGAUCUGGGGAGACUCAUUACAAAGAGGAGCCCAGCAGUCUACAAAGUUCAGUCAUGUGGGCUUGGAAGGGGUGAGCCCUGUGGGCUUAUAAUCAUUCCAGUCUCUUCAUUAAAAAACAACAACUCAUCCUCCUACUUUCCAAUGGCACACGCCACACCCUACUCCUUAGUGGAAAUGAACGUCAGGUUCUGGGUCACUGCAGAGACACAGCCUCCCCUAGUCCACGAGAGCAAUAGUGUGUGAUUUUCCUCAUACUUUGUUUUAGUUGCAUUUACUUGUUCCAUUUCUUUUCCCCAGGGGUAAGGACAGCUAAUAAAUAAUCUUGGAGAA